UGUUGUGCAAGGCAGGAGACUGGCUCAACAAGUCAUCAAUAAGUGCAUCCACUGCAAAAAGGCCAGAGCUCAAGUCUGCCAACAAGUGAUGGGUGACCUACCUGUAGAAAGGGCAAGACCUGCUGCGCCGUUCCAAUUCAUAUCAGUCGACCUGUUCGGACCUUACCUGGUCAGAGAUGACAUCAAAAGAAGAGUCUCCAUGAAAGUCUGGGGAGUCGUCUUCUGCUGCAUGGCAAGCCGGGCUCUGCAUAUCGACCUUGUCAACAGCCUUUCAACAGAAAGCUUCCUCAUGGCCUACCAAAGGUUCACCGCCAUCAGAGGGCACCCCACCAAGGUCUGGUCAGACCCUGGAACCAACUUUGUUGGUGCAAAGUCUCUGCUGGAAGACCUUUACAGUUUCCUGGGUAGCCAAUACAUGCCAAACCUGGAAGAGUAUGCUGUGAAGAAUGGGACAAGCUGGACAUGGAAAGUGCUCCCUGCCGAUUCACCGCAUCGAAAUGGAGCUGCAGAAGCUGCCGUAAAGAUCACAAAGAGAGCCCUUCAAAGUCUGAGCACCCAGGCAAACCUCACCUUCAGCGAGUUCCUCACAGCCCUCCAGAUGGCAGCAAACCUGGCAAAUGAGCGGCCUAUUGAUGCAAGAGUGCAGAGUCGGGAGGACCGCGUUCAUUACGUGACGCCAAACUCUCUCCUCCUUGGUCGAGCAUCGCAGACUGGUGACCUCAAGUCCUUUGACUUCCAGAACUACCCCUACAAACGGCUCCGAGAGAUCCAAACCCAGGUCAACGAGUUCUGGAAAGCCUGGUCCCAGCUCGCAGGCCCCAACCUGUUCGUCAGGUCCAAGUGGCACACCGCAGAAAGAAAUGUUUCUGUUGGUGACAUUGUUUGGCUCUGCGAUCAGAAUGCCUUGCGGGGGCAAUUUAGACUUGGUCGAGUCGUCACCGUAUCCUCUGACCCAAAGGGCAUCGUUAGAGAUGCUGAAGUUCUUGUCACCACAGGCAGCUGUGUCUCAGUUCACCCUCAGCAACCAGCAGUCCACACCUCUGGUGACCGGAAAGAGUUACGCAACUGUGUGGUACUGCGCAGAGAUGUUAGGCGGCUCAUAGUUUUAUUGCCUGUUGAGGAGCAGUGCCCCUAAUGGUGAUGUAGGGCUUUUUGGGUGCGACCUUCCUGUCUAGGCACAGGAAGCUCGAGUGGGAGGUGUCGCGUCAGACUAGGUCUGCAGCGUUUUGGUUUGAAUUCACAGGAAAAAAAGCAGGUGUGUGCGUGUGUGUGUGUGUGUUUGUGGGUGUCGCGUCAGACUAGGUCUGCAGCGGUUUGUUUAAAUCCACAGGGAAAAUGCACGGGAAAAAUUAAAAACAGAAAAAUUAAAUAGAAAAAAUAGGUGGUGUGUUAGCCGCGGUAAAUGAGAGUUUAUUAAGAUUAAGAGAAGCGCGAGUCAACUAAUGAGUGUCAGCUGUCCGCGGUUCUACUGAUUUGGUUGUGCUGCAUUCAGCUCACAGGUGCUUAUUUAUCUGGUUGGCGUUUAGUUGGUGAGACACACUGGUGAGAGUAACACGGAAAUUAAACUGUGCUUGCUCUCAGUUUGGAAAAAGUGCUGUGCAGGAACGUAACGCUGAAAAUUGGAGAGGCUGCCGGUUUUUUACCUAAGGGCUAAGGACUAAGGGCUAACCGUUGCAAACCUUUGGACUUGUGCUCUAUAUUCUAAAUAAAAAGAAAAAAAAGAGGAAAGACCAAAAACGGAAACAACUGUUGUCUGUCCAGUCCUUGAGUGAAACCCAGUGCCUUCAGAACUCCUUCAGUGUAACAUCCUUUUCGAGUUGGGGAAAAACACAGUGCUUAAAACCAACCAAACAAAACUGAAAAACUCACCAAAAAACCAAAACAAAA